CACACACACACACGCGCGCGCGCACACACACACACACACACACACACACACACAGUAGACGUUUAAACAGCAGAAGGAAAUGCUUCAGUACUGCUGAGAACUGUGCAUGCUGUUACCUGCAGUAAAGAGAGCUCUCUGGAUCAGGCAGCAUGCUCCACCCGAGCAGCAGGACAGUGCUGAUUCUGCUGGGGCUGACCGCAGUGUCCAGUGCAGCUCUGACCCAAUGCCCUCCAGACCAGGUUGACCCUCAGUACCAGGUGAACCUCUCCCACACCUCCGCGGACUCCCUGCCCAGCUCUGCUGGAUCUCUGGAGCCCCUGUACAACUUCGCUCAGACCUUCCUUCAGAGUGUCCAACCCUACGGACUUCCACUAGAUGUCGCAUCCAGACUAUUACACAAUGAAGCUGCGAGCUCUGAGGUGUUGAGCUAUGAGGCUGGUUACGUGGUGUGUCUGAUUCUCGCCAUUCUUUAUGUGGUGAUAAUACCUGUAGGGGGCGCUGUGUUAGCAUGGCAAUACUUUCUUAGUAGAAAUGUGACAGAAGCGAGUGAACCACCAUCAUCACUGCCAUGGUACCAAAAGAACGUCACUGUGAUCACCUGCCUGUCUGUCACCGUUAUUUUACUACUCUCAGGUGUGAUUCUGACGUUCACCACCAACAACCGAAUGCAUCAAAACAUGGAGCCAAACCUUUCUCACAUCAGAGCAAAUUUGGGGGAUAUUCAGGAGGCACUCAGCUCUGUCCCUAGGAAAGUGCAGUUCAUCGUUGAUCAAUUCUCCUACUUCUACCAAGAAAUGACGACCGAACUGACUGGAACUGGUGCUUUAAUUGGAAAUGCAAUCCUCUCAUCUCUCCAUCACGACCUCGCCAUGACCUUCCGCCGCCAGGACAUCACUGUUCAAGACGCUACUGGUGCACAGCGCCACCUGCAGGAGGUGAUGGAACUGAGAAGGAAUAUGCAGGACACCUAUGGGUUCCUCCAGACCGAGCUGGAACAGAUGCAGAGUCGACUGAACAACCUCAACAUCUCACUGAACACCGCUAAUCUGGACACAGAUGCUAAUUAUAAUCUGAUUCCCAGUGUGAAUGCUGAGGUGCAGGGGCUAGGCUUCGUGCCUGAACUUCAAGCCAAGGUCCAGCAGGCUAAGACUUCAAUUAAAUCUAUUCCUGAGGUCUGCGAAGAUCAGAUCACACCAAAAAUUAAAGCAUGGCUAGUGAAGCUUAAUCAGACCCAGGACGGAUUUAAGAACUACAGCAAGCGCCUGCCGUCUCUGAGUUCCCUCUCUGAUACUAUUUCUGACAUGCGAGCCUCAUUGGAUGAAUUCAAGGCUGAUCUUCAAUACUACGACUAUGUCAGGUGGUCAGUGUCGGCUAUAUUCUGCAUUCUGCUCCUGAUCGUAUCACUGCUGAUGUUGGCUGGACUGGUAAUCGGAGCAUCUGUGGUCAUCUCCCCCACUCUUUACCCCUUUCACCUGCAGGACCAGCUGAGACUGACGGCUGUAUACCUCCUUUACAUUUCUAUAGGAAUGAUGUUAGUUUUUUCCUGGCUCUUCAUCAUCAUGGUCUUCAUCAACCUGUUAAUCGGGGGUAACGCUCACGCCCUUGUCUGCAGGAGUAUAAGUACUGGAGAGAUUUUUCAGUACAUGGAUAAGCAAGACUAUCUGUUCAUCAGUCUGGAUGCUCAGGAUCCAGAUGUUUCCUCUACCCAGUCCCCCACUGCCAGUACCACCAAAGGCACCACUGCUCUGUUUCCCAAUGUCACAAAUGGAACCAGUUACCAAGUAACAGACCAUCAAUGGAAGCCGAACAUCAGUAGCUCAAAGAUAAUGGAGGGCUGUGCGACAGGAAUAUCCCUGUUCUACACCAUGAAAAUAGACAAGAUCUUCAACAUGGACCAGUUCCUCAAUGCGAGCAUAUUUCUGACAGGAUUCAGCAACAGCAUGAUGUCUCUAAACAUCAAUUUGAAUGACAUAUUACUGAAACUACUGAACACCCAAGCCACCGUGCAGCAGUUUAAAUACUCCAGCUACCUGGACCAGAUCAAAUACAACGACUUCAGAGUGCUGUUGGCAACACCUGUAGUGAAGACAGACCUGGACACUUUUGCAGGGGAACUGGAGAUAGCAGCCCAAUCAGCUAAUGACACCAUUAGAGAGAAGCUAAUAAGUGAAGCGGCUAACGCUAGACAGCUGGCAACAAAAGUCCGUUUACAGGAUUCCUACCGGCUCAACAUGAGUUCCAGCAUCAACGCCCUGGAAAACAUCAGCAAAAAUUACAAGACGAAUGCAGACAACACUCUUCUGAGCAUGAGCGAAACUGAAAACGCUCUUCAGCUUGAAGUUCCGCACAUCGUGCAAGAUGUGUCUGGGUGUAUGAUGGAGAAGGGGGAGAAUUUGCUGACGCAGUAUUUGGACGUGGUCAGAUAUGUGAUAAUAGACCAGGCGCUGAGCUGCCUCUGGCUUCCUCCUUCCCUCGACAACCUGUACACCGCCACCUGCCGAAACCUGAUUGGACCAUGGAAUGGGUUCUGGCUGUCUCUGGGUUGGUGCUGUGCGUUCCUCAUUCCUGGGGUCGUCUUCAGCAUCUUCGCCGCCCGACUGUGGAAGCCAUCUUUAGCUACAAAUAAGGAACCGUUCCACAUGCCAAAGGCCAUCAUCGAUAAAAGCACACAAGAUAAAUACCUGACCAUGGACUACAUGACGGGCAAAAGGAAGGGAGAAGACACCAUGAAGAAUAACUGUCUCGUCUACUGGACGCUGGACGAUGUGAUGAAGGAUUCUAAUAAGGAUUUUAAAGGCAAAGAGGAAAAAGGAGUCACCAACACAUAAGAUAAUGAUAAACUGAAGAAAACCUCAGAAUUAUGAAUUAUUAUGAGUCCGGAAAUGAAGAAUUAGUGUGACCUUAUUCUUUCUGCAUUAAUCUAAUUAAUGUGUAUUUUUUUAAACCACUCCCAGUAAACUCAUCUGAACCUGUAGUGAAGCUGAUCUGGCUGCAGAGGGCAGCAGUGAUCCAGUUUUGGUUAAUCAACAAUGUGGAAAUGUAUUCAUACACUAAACCCCACUUUAUUAUGUGUUAUAUAACAGUAGGAUUGCAUGGGGUCCUUUAAUAAAAAUAUAUUCUGAUACAGAUUAAA